AUGACAUGUAUUGCACCUGAGGACUAUUCGUCCGAGACCAACACCUUGAAUCGCAGCUGUGAGACCUGCCAUCGCCCGAAGAUACAGUACGAUGGCGCUCAGCCAGAAUGUCACAAAUGCAAUUUUGCUGGUAUUAUCGGUGUACACCGCACGAAAGACGAGAACAGCGAUAAUAGUCACACGCUCCACGCCAUCAGAGCUUGUUCCAAGAACUUUGAGGAGACAGCAAUUGUGCAAACUCCGAAACAACCGACAAACGGAUCCCAAUCGCUGAACGAUCGACUACGAGAUACAGUUAACCUAAUUACACAGCUUGAGAUCAAGCUCACAUAGGCAUCUCGCAGCGGCAGCAGCGAUGGCAGACGGACGCGCGACGUCGAGGUUCUUUAGGAUGCCCUGAGAUCGUGGAAGAUCUGCUAGAGGAAGCAGACCAGUAUACAACUUACUAGUACAAUCUCCUUAAUAUUGAGCGUCAAGUAUCGGCGCCCAUCGAGAUACUUGCUCUGAGACUAUAUAAAUAUUGGCAAUGUAACACAAGCAAUACGAGGUAGACCUAUAAUGAAGAAAAUCUAGCUUAAUUUACUAUAUCCUAAAC